AGGCUGCAGAAAAGCAGAAAGAGACCACAGAAACAUGGAUCUUAUCGCUAAACCGCGGAGCAAAUCCAUGGUGUGGUUGUAUUUUGGGCUGAAAGCAGAUGACAAAGGGCAGCCUUUAAACUCCAGGGAGGCUGUUUGCAGGUUGUGCCGAAAAAUAGUGCUAGCAAAAGGUGGAAAUACCACGAAUUUAAGAAGUCAUCUGAGACGUCGACAUCGUGCAGAUUUUUUCGAGACCACUUCCUCCGCGACCUCUGGAGCUUUGUUUGAGGCUCAAGGUUUGGAUCUCAACCACGAAGAGUUCUUUGAGGAUGUUCCCUUCCUCCAGGCAGCUUCCAACCAGAACUACGUCCCAGAUGCGGCGCUGCCGCCCGGAGAGCCGUGGCUCCAUGGCGGCCCCUCUCGGGCGGUGCUGUCGCUGCCCUCCUGUCUGUGCCUCUGUGGGGAUGUCGGAUCUGGAUUAUCUGGUCCUGGAUCUGCUGGCGAGGAGCAGAUGGGGGAGAUGAAAGUGUUCGCCAAGUGUCACCUGCAGCAGGGCGUUAUGUUCGGGCCAUUUGUCGGGGAAGUGUGCAGGGGACAGAUGCCAGCCAACCUCAAAUACGCCUGGGCUAUCAGGGAUGAUGCUGCUUUCAUAUAUGUGGAUGCCUCUGAUGAGAACAUAUCAAACUGGAUGAGGUAUGUAACAUACACCAGCAACGAGGACAAACACAACCUGGUGGUUUUCCAGUUUUACCGUCACAUCUACUACAGGGUUUCCCAGCCUAUACCAGAGGGGGCAGAGCUCAGGGUCUGGAUUGGGAAGGAAUACGCCACCCUUCUGGGCCUGGGGAUGGGUGACAAUGUGAAAUGUGAAGUUGGAGACAAGGAAACAGCUCUGCGCCUCCUGCAGGACAUCCAGCUGGUCACCCUCCCGGAGCCUAGCAGCACUUCCCUUUGGUCGGACCACAGCCAAUCACAGAGCCCCAUGCCUGUCAUCAGUGACGUGAUGACAGUGUCAAACCCGGAUGCAGCCAGCGAUCCUGGCAUAAUUUCUGGCUCCAUCUUCCCCUCCACCUCCCUGAUCUCCUUUCCCUCUCCUAGCGCUCAUCUGAUUGAAAAGUACGAUUUUCUGCCCGGAACUGAGAAAUUGCUGAGCAACCCAAAUGCCACGCAGAACAGCCCGUGGUACUUUUUUGGGUUUGAGCCGGACCCGACCGGCCAGCCUCUGGAUCGGAGCACCGCGGUGUGCAAACUGUGUGUGGAUCAAGUGGGCUGUGCAGGAGGAGUCACCGAUCUCCAAAACCACCUGCUUAACAAGCACCACAUCAGACCACGUCACAACAAAGAAGAUCGCAGUGUGAUAACAGGUCAACAACGCUCUCAGCCAAUGAUGCUUACCAGCGGUUUGAUCGGCACACUGCCCCUGGUUUUAUCUGCUCAAGUGACUGAUGCCAUCGCCAACUUUCUCAUCAUGGACCUCCAGCCCCCAGCUCUGGUAGAAGGGGAAGGCUUCAAACAGCUGAUCCACACCCUCCUGCCUUCCUGCAAGGAACUGCCUUCCCCUUGUCAGCUCGAGGACCUCCUGAAAGACCACCACGCCAAAGGCAAGACGAGUCUAGCUCAGCUGUUCAGGCGGAAAAGCGAGAGCAUUGAGAACGAGGAGUUCAGUGACCACACCGCUCCCAUCGAGUUUGAGGUCAGGAGACGUGGCCGACCUCCCAGCAAAUGGAGGGAAGUUCCUCACUUUGUUACGUUGAGUGGAGAUGUUUGGCUUCAUAACUGGCAGGGCAACACUGAGAGGUACCUCACCCUGUGGGCACACUACACAGACGGUCAUUUUCGUUUUCAGAAUCUGGCCCUUGCGACCCAGAGACUGACAGAGAGUGGAAUGAAGGACUACAGCCUUCAAGCAUUGGAGGCCCAGGUGAAGGCAAUGGCACAGGAAUGGGGAGUCUCUCAGCCCAAUCUGGUCUUACUGGGAGGAGACGGGAGAAACAGGAUGAGGCUGGGGAUGAUAAAGAGUGAGAAGGGCGAGGAGCCUGCAGCAAGUGUCCAUCACCCAAACUCCACAACAUUUUUAGAGCGGGAUGACUCUGUAUGGCCUGAGGAGCCACACGCCUCAGAGUAUGGCCAUUCCAGUGACGGACUACCACCUGUCCCGUGUUUCUUCAGUGCCGUCCAGGGAUGCAUUGAGGAAGUUAUGGCACACCCCACUGUCUCUAAAACACUCAGCCAGUUUCAGAAUAUUCUAUCUACCCUGUUCUUGCCACCUGCCCAGAACAGAAACUUGUAUCAUCAUCACAGCCAGAGCCUCUUGCACGGCCUGACGAAACAGGAACAGGCAGGACUGAAGUCGUGGGCUCACAGCCGGCCGACCUGGAAUAGGCUGUACCCUUUACUGAACACGCUCAUCAAACAUAAAAGCCUUGUCUGUGAUAUAAUAAGAGAGAUUAAAACUGAGGGUCUCUCCAGAGAAGACGCUGCUUCAGAGUCCAAUUCGUCUGGCAGCUGCCAUGCAAACUCUACCUCCAACACGUCCUCAACAAGCGUCGCAACGUUACGCUCUGAGUGGAAGGUUCUGGAGGAGCUCUGCUUGGUCCUCAAACCUCUGGACGUGGCUUGUAGAACUCUCGCCAAAGAGGCCUUCCCUCGCCUAUCACUUGUCAAACCCAUUCUCACCGGCUUGCUGUCACGCCACCUUGUGUCCCGGCCCGGAGAUUCAUCAUCCAUCUUGAAGGAGAUCAAGAGGACGAUGAGGCAGAACUUGGCGAGCUGUUAUGACAACCCUGCUGUGAAUAGGGCCCUGAGUGUGGCAUGUUCCGUCGAUCCACAGUUCCACGGGCUGGGCUUCAUGGAGGAGAAGGAGCAGACAGCCACUUUUGCCUGGCUAAAGAAAGAGGCUGUGAGGAUUGUGAAGGAGGACAGGAGAAGGCAAGGUAAGAAGCAUAACCACAGCAAGAGAAGCCCUUCACCUGGAUCUCCAGAGUCUGAGAGUGACUAUUUGAGGAGGAGCAAGCGCCUCAAAGAAUCUCGGCCAAUCAACUUCAGAGAGAUCGAAGAUGAGGACGAAGACAGCGACCUGGGAGAAGCCAAUGAGAGUGAGUCAGCCGACCCUGGCUCUCAGGGCGGACUCUCUGGUAUGGAGUUUCUGCUGGGUGACCUGUUCUGCUCGGCUCCCAGGAGCAGACAGAGCUCCGUGGAGGAGUCUGUUGACAUGGAGAUGUCUGUUUUCAGAGCCGACAAGGGGGUUUCGCUGGGAGUGGAGCCCCUGCAGUGGUGGAGGACGAAGGCAGUACAGUUUCCACUGUUGGCCACAGUGGCUAGGGCCUACCUGGCUGCCCCAGCGGUGGCAGGCAACGCUGCGCAGGACUACUUGAAAGAUGGAGCUGGAGCCAUGUACUGGAAGAGGUCGAACAUCCCACCUGAAAGUCUGGACGCGAUUCUGUUUCUGCAUCACAACCAUGGUCCUGCCACUGACAGUGGAUGUGCAGCAGCUAGGAGUGAUGACAAAAACAGUGGGAGUGAAAAAGUCCCAUAAUAACACAAACAGCAUAUUUGACUUUUUUUUUUUUUUUUUUUUUAAACAAGCUUACGGUUCUCAGCUGCAAAGCCACUUGUCUUUACCCUCAUCCAGCGUCCAACCAAACCAAAGCCUGAACAUAGCAUUUAAAGAUAGGGAGUUUGAAUGAGGAGCAUUUUGUGUGCACUGAGAACACACCUUAGCAUUGUCCAUCUUUUAUAUACACUCUUAGAUUCAAACAUCUUUUCACCAUCAAAAGUUUUAAUGGCUUUAUUUGACCCUAGCUGUGCAACAAUUUUUACAUUUUGAAAGUAAAGCUAAAUUUUUUUUUACCAUAAAAAAUGGGAAAAUAGUUGGGUAAUAUUUCUAUUUUUAUUUGAUGCAUACAAAAGAGAAGGAAGACCAAGAAAGUUUUUUGUAUUCAAAAUCUUUUACUACUGAUUUACAUCUAACUUUGUUUUGCAUAGGUACCUUGUAGCACUGAGUGCCUUAUCUUGUUUCAAUACUGUCACACAGUAGAAGAUAUAUGUGUGUAGACCCACAAAGUUCUUCACGGUGCCACUGUGUAAAACAUCUAUCAUGUGCCUUCACUGUUGCAUUAUUACUUGUGUUUUGGGUUAAUAAUCAGUAAAUUGUGAAAGAAAAAAAACCCCAAAGACUUCAUGCUGCUCUUCUAUCAAUUCACAGAAGAAAUCCAAACAUCAUAAAGCAAGUUGAUAAUUUCAGAGGGAUCGCAAGAAAAAAGGAUGCAGCUUUGAAAAAGAAACUUGCAUGGAAUAAAACAUGCUGUUACAAUGAAAUAGUAGAGGAAUGUAUACUCUUCGUCCUGUGGGUCUGCUGUGCUGUGGUGUGUCUGCACCACACUGUUCACUGUUUGCACAAUAGAAGAAGCCCAGUAACACAAUGUCUGUAUUGUUCAUGACUGUGGCGUUCUUGAAUCUUUGCAUGUUCACGUACAGACAGAGUUUUGGUCCUAGAAUCAUGUAAAUAUACCAUGUACCUUUUAAAAUAAAAAAAGAUAUAUUACCUUUUGA